AUGGUCCUCUCCUUCAGCAAAGCCGAGCAGCUGGCCCGAACGACGCUCGCCGCCGCGCAGGAAGGCGAUAUCGAAGCCUUGGGCUGGAUCGCAGUCGUCGUCCUUACUCUCGCUCUCAUCGCAGUCGCUCUCGUGCUGUUCAUCGUUGGCGACGGCAAAGCCCCAUCCGCCAACAGCACAAAAACCGCCGCUCGACCCCCGAGCUACAGUGUCGGCUUACCAAUCAUUGGUACCCUACUCUCCUUCGCGGACAACCCAUUAAAGUUGGUCUGGGAGGCCUACGCGGAGAAGGGCGAAGUUUUCACAUUGCGUCUCCUGCACAAGAGACUCACUUUUGUCAUCGGGCCCGACGCCUCCGAGACCUUCUUUAAGGCCUCAGAUACCGAGCUUGAUCAGAAUGAACCGUACAAGUUUAGCACCCCGGUUUUCGGAAAGGAUGUCGUCUACGACGCUACCCUAGAGAACCGCCUGCAGCAUUUUCGCAUCUUGUCUAUGACGUUGAGGGUGAACAUGUUGGAGACUUACGUGCCGCUCAUGAUCAAAGAGGCUGGGGACUUUUUCAAGGGUUGGGGGAACGAAGGCGAGCUCGACCUGCUUAAAGAGCUCAGCAAUCUCAUUAUUCUCACUGGCUCGCGCUGCAUCAUGGGGAGGGAAAUCCGGGAGAACCUGUUCGGCGAGGUUUCACAUUUGAUCCAUGACCUCGAUCAGGGCAUGCAGCCGAUUUCCGUCCUGGCUAACUGGUUGCCCAUCAAGGCACAUCGCCUCAGAGAUCGCGCCAGGCGAGAAAUCGGAAAGCUUUUUGAACCUAUUAUUCGAUCCCGACGGGAAGGGAAUGCCAGGGAGGAUGACAUGUUACAACGGCUCGUUGAGGCCAAGUAUCGCGAUGGCACCGCCUUCAAGGAGCACGAAAUUGUUGGCAAUCUUGUCGCAGGUCUCUUUGCCGCUCAGCAUACUUCGAGUGCUACUUCUACAUGGCUCGGAAUGCAUUUGUUCCGAAAUCCAUCUGUCCUGAAGAGUGUAAUGGAAGAACAAAAAGCAGUUUUGGAAGAACACAAUGGCACGCUUAGUUAUGCCGCGCUUGUCAAGAUGAAUCUGCUCCACGCCUGCAUGAAAGAAACCUUGCGCAUGCACCCUCCUUUAAUAUUUCUCAUGAGAAAAGCAUUAGAACCGCGAUCGGUUCUGGGCGGUCGAUUCGAAAUCCCAGAAAAUGAUUAUAUCGUCGCAUCUCCCAGUGUCGCAGGUAUGUUACCGGAAAUUUUCAAGGAACCGUCAUCAUGGGAUCCAGAUCGGUUCCUUCCCCCCAGAAGUGAAGACAAAGCAGCUCCAUAUUCGUUCCUUGGUUUCGGAGCCGGACGCCAUGGUUGCAUGGGUGAGGGCUUCGCUUAUGUUCAGGUCAAGACCAUCUGGAGUAUACUCUUGAGCACUUUUGAUAUGGAACCUGUGGGUGAAGCCGUACCAGAAGCGGAUUACAAUGCUCUCGUCGUUGGCCCUAAACUUAAUACUUGCUGGAUGCGAUAUAAGCGGAAGGUUCCUUUGCCCGAGUCGAGCUGA